CAAAAAACAGACCAGACUCCCACACACGAUCCCUCUUUCUCCUCUCUCGUCCUUCUUCCUUCUUCUUCUUCCCCCCACCGGCAGGCGGCAGCCAUCAGCGCCAUUAUCUGUAAUCUCCCCACAUUCAGCCUAGCAAUCCGUUCCCCUUUUCCCCACUUUCUCUCACCGGAUCUCUAUCUCGUUUCUCCUCUCCGAGUUCUCACAGAUCCUCACAAGGGAAACGAAAACGAGAUUCUCGGGCUCGGAUUCGGGAUUGGGGCAUUUCGUUUUCCCCGUGAGCGGGGGAAGCGAAGUGAAACCGAAAUGACCGGCGGAGAAAGAUAGAUGACUCACGUCUUCACUCCCCCUCUUCCGCCGCCGCCGCCGCCGCCCGCCGCCCGCCGCCAGAUUAGGCGAUGAACGAGAAACGCGACGGCAGAGACAACAACAACAGAGUCAGCAGCAGCGGUAGGGAAGCCGGCGGCGGAGAAGAUGAGGAGGAGGACGAGCGAUUCUACGAGUCGCUGGAUCGCAUUGCUUCCUCAUCCUGCUCUUGCUCCACUUCCAAUUCCGACUCCGAUCCCGACCCUCCCUCCGCCACCGGCUCCAACGAUUCCGCCGCUGCCAAUCCGCCUCCUCAGUCUCAAGCGCAAUUCGGCUUCUCCUCCAGCUACGACGUCUGGAUCUCCGAGCCCUCCUCCGUCUCCGAGCGCCGGCACCGUCUGUUCAGCCAGAUGGGGCUAUCCUCGGAGGAAUCUUCUUCCUUGUCCCGCCGCCAGCCUGACAGGUCUGUUGAUUUGAGCUUUGCUCGUUCUGUCUACUCCGAUCAUUUCCCGCCCCGACGCUUGGCUUCCAGUGCUGCUGCUGCUGCUGGGGUUUCCCGAUCGAAAUCUGACGGAGGUGCGGAUCGCCGGGAUGGUGACGGUGAGGGCGACAAUGACGGGGCUGGCACAACCUGUAAUGAUGAUUUCAAUUCCUGCUCGUCCUUUUCCUCCUCUUCUUCUUAUUCUUCUUUGGUGUCUGUUUAUUCUACUUCAAUUCUUUCCGGCGAUGUGAUUGAUGUAAAUAGAUGUAACAACGACAACGAUCACAAUGACAAGACAGUAGUAGUUGCCAACGGCAAGAAGAAGAAGAAUGGCUUUGUCGGCGGCAGUGGCACAAAGCACUUAAAUCUUUGCUCCCCGCAGCCUUCUGAUGUUUCCCCUAGUAAGCCUCCUUCUGGUAAACAUGGUAGGAGCAUGGAUGUGAAUAGGAGUUGGUCAAACACAAGCAUUGCGGAGCUCAUGGAGGGUUUAGUUAGCAAUGGGAAUGAUAAUGGAGCAGCAGAGCUAACCCAAGCUUGUACAAUCAAGAAUCUUGAUACUGGGAAAGAAUUUGUUGUUAAUGAAGUUAGGGAAGAUGGAGCGUGCAACAAGUUGAAAGAAGUUGGGACGGGGAGGCAGCUGACGAUGGAGGAAUUUGAAAUGACUGUGGGUCAUUCACCAAUCGUGCAAGAAUUAAUGAGGAGACAGAAUGUUGAGGAUGGUGCUAGGGAAAAUCAUGACUCCAAUGCCAAUGGGGGUAUUGGAGCUGGAGGGUCAAAGCCGAAAAAGAAAGGUAGUUGGUUCAGGAGCAUAAAAAAUGUGGCUAGCAGUGUGAAAGGUCAUAAGGAGCGAAGAAGUAGUGAUGAGAAGGAUACUGGAUCAGAGAGAGGAGGCAGGAGGUCAAGUUCUGCUACAGAUGAUAGCCAGGAUGUUUCAUUCCAUGGGCCAGAAAGAGUGCGAGUAAAGCAAUACGGCAAGUCAUUUAAAGAGCUGACUGCAGUUUACAAGAGCCAGGAGAUUCAGGGGCAUACUGGUUCAAUUUGGGCUAUUAAGUUUAGUUUGGAUGGUAGAUAUUUGGCAAGUGCAGGUGAGGACUGUGUGAUCCAUAUUUGGCAGGUGGUGGAAACAGAAAGGAAAGGGGAGUUGUUGCUUGAAAAGCCAGAGGAUGGGAACUUUAAUCUUUUAGUAACAGUAAAUGGGUCUCCUGAACCUAUGUUCUUGUCAACUUCUGCUGAUGGUCAUAAUGAAAGGAGGAGAAGGGCGAGGUCAUCUAUAAGCAGGAAAUCUGUGAGCUUGGAGCACAUCAUCGUUCCCGAAACUGUGUUUGCACUUGCAGAUAAACCUUUUUGCUCAUUUGAAGGACAUCUUGCUGAUGUCCUCGACUUAUCAUGGUCCAAGUCUCAGCACCUGCUUUCUUCUUCAAUGGACAAAACAGUGCGCCUCUGGCACUUGUCUAGCAAGACUUGUUUGAAGAUAUUCUCACACAGUGACUAUGUUACUUGCAUCCAAUUCAAUCCGGUUGAUGAUAGCUACUUCAUUAGUGGGUCCCUAGACUCAAAGGUUCGCAUAUGGAGUAUUCCUGAUCGUCAAGUCGUUGACUGGAAUGACGUACAUGAGAUGGUCACUGCAGCUUGCUACACUCCAGAUGGUCAGGGUGCACUUGUUGGUUCCUAUAAGGGAGGCUGUCGGCUAUACAAUACAUCUGAGAAUAAGUUGCAGCAAAAAUCUCAAGUAAAUCUGCAAAACAAAAAGAAGAAAUCUCAUCUGAAGAAAAUUACUGGGUUUCAGUUUGUGCCUGGAAGCUCAUCUGAAGUGCUCAUCACCUCAGCAGAUUCUCGGAUACGAGUCAUUGAUCGCACUGAUUUGGUUCACAAGUUCAAAGGGUUUCGGAACACAAACAGUCAAAUCUCAGCCUCCCUCGCAGCAAACGGCAAAUUCAUCGUCUCAGCAAGCGAGGACUCCUGCGUGUACGUCUGGAAGCACGAGGCCGAUUCACGACUGACCAGAAGCAAAGGAGUUACCGUCACUCGAUCGUACGAGCAUUUCCACUGCCAAGAUGUUUCUGUAGCCAUCCCCUGGCCUGGAGUAGCCGUCGGCGACACCUGGGGAGGAGGAGAACACCUAGCAACAACACCUGGCGAUAUCCAUAUUGAAGAAGUCUCCACCACCAUCACCAACAACCAUCCUCCCACGCCCGUGGAGGAAGCAAUCAGAGGGAGCGACGAUCGCUCUCAAUCAUUGCCAGGUGGUGCCGCCAUCAGCAGCAGCCCACUGAACGGAAUCAUCUCCAGUGCAACGAACGGAUACUUCUUCGACAGGAUCUCGGCUACGUGGCCGGAAGAGAAAUUGAAUGCAGCUGCUGCUAGAGCACGGAGCCCUCGAACUAGCGUGGACGUGAGCAACGGGCUGAUCAACCAGAACAUGUCAGCAGCUUACGGGAUGGUCAUUGUUACUGCUGGCCUCAGAGGGGAGAUCCGAACUUACCAGAACUUCGGUUUGCCUGUUCGAAUCUGAUGGAAGUGAAGUGAAGGAAGAGCAGCCGAAGAACCAAAGUACAGUCCAGUUUGCCACAAAGGCAGCAGGUGAAGUUGUGUACAGGGAGGGAGGGUGGGGAUCAUUUUGAUGAGAUUUGUGUAAUAUUUUUAGGCGGGUGGUGGUCGAUUGUUUCAUUUUUUUCCCUUGGUGGGUUAUGGUUCUUUUUUCUUUUUGUUACUGGUUUUGGUGCUUGUUUGAAGUUGGAGAUGGGUACAAGAUUUAGGUAUCCAUUUCCGAUCGAGCACAGGGAAAAGAAGGGAAUGGAAAGGGAAGCUAUAGAGUUUUGCCUUUCGGGGUUAGAAGAGGAUGGCAAAAGCCAACAUAGAGGUGGAAAAGAAAAAGUCAGGAACUACACCGUGAAUUGUUAGAAACCAAACAAAAAUUGUAAUUGUCGGGAAUUUGUAGAGUUGAGUUCAUUACAAAAUGAAAAUUCUUUCACAUUCUUUUUCUGGAUAUGGUG